AUGAAGUCGGAAUGGUUGCGAGGAAAGUCAAGGGACAAAGAGAGAGAGACGGAGGGGGAGAGUGAGGCACAGUCACAGGAAGACCUUUCUAGCAUCUUAGGAUACAGAGGCUGGACAUAUAACGAAGUAGUGGUGGUCGUAUACAAGACUAAGGGAACCUCCGGAGUGGCAAGAGGGAAAGGAUCCGGGAAAGAGGAACAAGAGGGAAAAGGAAGAGAGAGAAGCGGAUGGGAAAACCGACAGAAUCUCGCAAAAGCCUCUUCCUUACUCAAUCCUCUGACUAGUACUGCGGAGGGGAGGGGGAACAGACAGACAAUUCGAUUCGAAUCCACCCCAAGGCUAAACGGAGUGCAGCGUCUCGCCAAUCCCGCGUCCUCCGAGGCCUGCUUGCUUUUUCCUCCUCAGCAGCGACGAGGCAUCAGAUUCAUUCCUGCCACCUCCUCCGGCUUCCUACUCGUCCUGCCCACCGGAACUACUGGAGACGGUCGACUCUCGUACAUGGACCACUUCUGCACACCAUCCACGAUAGGCCCGUCUUUUUCCUAA